ACUCGGAGCCGCGUGCGCGCAGGGCCUGAGCCGAGGCCCGUCCCGCUCAUUUCCUCCCACUUACGACGCCGUUGCCGCCGCCGCCAUGGACAUGAAGAAGCGGAUCCAUUUGGAGCUGCGGAACAGGACUCCGCCGGAUGUCCAAGAGCUUGUUCUUGACAACUGCAGAUCAAAUGAAGGCAAAAUUGAGGGGCUGUCAGGAGAGUUUAUCAACUUGGAGUUUCUUAGUUUAAUAAACGUUGGACUGACAGCUGUCUUGAAUCUCCCUAAACUCCCGAAGUUGAAAAAGCUUGAACUCAGUGACAACCGGAUUUCUGGAGGUCUUGAUGUAUUAGCAGAAAAACUUCCUAACCUCACACAUCUAAACCUCAGUGGAAACAAGCUGAAGGAUAUCAGUACCUUGGAGCCAUUGAAAAAAAUGGACUCUCUGAAGAGCCUUGACCUGUUCAACUGCGAGGUAACAAACCUAAAUGACUACCGAGAGAGUGUCUUCAAGCUUCUUCCUCAGCUCACCUACCUGGAUGGAUAUGAUCAGGAAGAUAAAGAAGCUUCUGACUCAGAUGCUGAAGUAGAUGGCGUUGAUGAGGAAGACGAGGAAGAAGGUGAGGAAGAAGAUGAAGAAGAAGAGGAAGAUGGUGAGGAGGAAGAGUUUGAUGAGGAAGAUGAGGAUGAAGAAGGAGAAGAAGGAGAAGACGAGGAAGACGAAAUCAGCGGAGAGGAGGAAGAGUUUGGACGUGAUGGGGAAGAGGAGGAGGAGGACGAGGAAGAAGAGGAGGAUGAAGAUGAAGAAGACAGUGGGAAAGGUGAAAAGAGAAAAAGAGAAGCAGAUGACGAAGGGGAUGAAGAAGAUGACUAAGGCCUUCUGUGUCCCCAAAGGACUGUUCAGUAUUGCUUGGGCCACCCCUUGGAUGAUCUGUGACUUGAGGAGCACUUGAGGCACAUUGUAGUUGUCUAAACAAGCCCCCUCCCCCCUCGGGUGCAGCACUCAAAGAGCCAAAGAGUCGGCCAUUCCUGUGACAUUCCACAUACCCUGCAGCUGAUCUCCUCCAGGUGGUUACAGAUCUAGCCCUCUUGGGCUAGCACCUUCACUUAUCCCCUUGGGGUUCCCAGGCCUUCAUCUCCCACUGUUGCCAUAGCAAGAAGAACGAGUGUGAUGGGUCAGUCCUGGUUGUCAGGGGCUACACACUACCCACUGACUGUAGUCCCUUUUUUACUUUCUGUGCAAAAAGGCUUUGUAAAUAGAGUCCUAAUGUUUUGGGGACUGUUCUUCAUGCUUUGCUUUCCCUGCCUUCCUUUUCCUUUUCUAAGCUGUUGGAUAUUUUUUACAUUAGGAUGUUUUAUGCAACAACAGAAAAGUAUUUUUAAGAACUUGAAAUGAAAUAAACGUUAUUUGGUAAACUAA